AGUAAGAGCAAGCACUUUACAUGAUCAAAGACCGAGUGCAAAAACCUCUCGAGUCUGUUGCAGAGUACCAAAAACGGUUCUACCGAAUGUUUGUGAAGACUGAGCGAGGCGAGCAAGUCGGGAGAGAUUUGUUUAUUGAUGGGCUUUGUAGCCGAACGAUAAGGGCGAAGUUGCAAAAGCAAUUUUUCCCCAUCACCCAUACAUUGCAACAGAUCAUGGCUGCUGCAGAAGAAAUGGAACGAAAGUUUGCGGCGAACUUCCUGGAAGGAGAAGACUAUUCUAGGGAAGGAGAUUCGUCCGAACUUGCGAGGGCGAGAGUCGAGCUGGCCGCAUUACAGAACAAGUUUGAAAAUAUGGGACUUGUGUCUGGCCCGGUCACCUAUCUAGAACAGGUGGGCCCUAAACGACCAACCCCAAAUGAGAUUCCGAGUGUCCCUGUCCCUGUGAUGCCAACACUUGUGAGAAUGCCCCCCCCGCCACCAAUCGAGAGUCCAGUAAGAACAAAUGAGUCCACGACCAUCUUCGAACUAACCAAGACGUUAAUUAGCCUAAUCCAGGAAAGCAAAAAGGAACAGCAAGAGCACAACGCUCGGUUGGAAGCCAUGAUGAGAAACAUGCGGCCCUUCGCGGUGCGUGCCCCUCCGAUCCAACAAGGACUGGCCCCGACGCCUGUUCUAGGAGGAGCCGCAAGCAAUAUGAAUGUCUGUUACGCAUGCCACCAGCCAGGGCAUCUAGCCCGUGAUUGCCCCCACCGACCCCCGCAACAACGGGUUGGAGUUGCACCAAUGGCCGCAGCUCCUAUCGCUAACGGACCAGGACGAGUGGGAGCCCUGAUGGAAGAAAUAGAAGGUGGGGGAAGUGCCUUGGCAACCACGGAAGAAGUCGCCGAGCUCAUCCCGUUAGAUCAGUAUGUAUCGCUUGGAUACCCUGGGCUUGGAAUGAUUGGAACGAUCAGGUCAGCGCCGGAACCCAAGGAAGUGGCGGAGUGGCAACCUUCUCCCGGAGAAAUGGAGUCGGGAGGACUCACCUUCGUCACAGGGGAGAUCGACUGGGUUCGGUGUCCGAUGGGGAUUUGCAACGCGCCUGCCACGUUUCAGCGGACGAUGAACAUGACAUUCCAGAACUUCGUCAACAAGACGCGGCUAACUCAGGGAAUGAUCAACUUCUAUGUGAUCGUAUACAUGGAUGACAUCCUUGUCUACUCGGACACUUAUCACGGGCAUGCACAACACAUUGAGUGGACGCUGGGAGCACUGAGGGACGCUGGAUUUAAGAUCGCGCUCGAAAAAAGCGAAUUUUUCCUUUCGGAAAUUUCGUUCUUGGGCUACGUCGUGACGCGUGGAGAACUGCGGCGUGACUCGAGAAAGGUCGCGGCGCAAGCACUUUACAUGAUCAAAGACCGAGUGCAAAAACCUCUCGAGUCUGUUGCAGAGUACCAAAAACGGUUCUACCGAAUGUUUGUGAAGACUGAGCGAGGCGAGCAAGUCGGGAGAGAUUUGUUUAUUGAUGGGCUUUGUAGCCGAACGAUAAGGGCGAAGUUGCAAAAGCAAUUUUUCCCCAUCACCCAUACAUUGCAACAGAUCAUGGCUGCUGCAGAAGAAAUGGAACGAAAGUUUGCGGCGAACUUCCUGGAAGGAGAAGACUAUUCUAGGGAAGGAGAUUCGUCCGAACUUGCGAGGGCGAGAGUCGAGCUGGCCGCAUUACAGAACAAGUUUGAAAAUAUGGGACUUGUGUCUGGCCCGGUCACCUAUCUAGAACAGGUGGGCCCUAAACGACCAACCCCAAAUGAGAUUCCGAGUGUCCCUGUCCCUGUGAUGCCAACACUUGUGAGAAUGCCCCCCCCGCCACCAAUCGAGAGUCCAGUAAGAACAAAUGAGUCCACGACCAUCUUCGAACUAACCAAGACGUUAAUUAGCCUAAUCCAGGAAAGCAAAAAGGAACAGCAAGAGCACAACGCUCGGUUGGAAGCCAUGAUGAGAAACAUGCGGCCCUUCGCGGUGCGUGCCCCUCCGAUCCAACAAGGACUGGCCCCGACGCCUGUUCUAGGAGGAGCCGCAAGCAAUAUGAAUGUCUGUUACGCAUGCCACCAGCCAGGGCAUCUAGCCCGUGAUUGCCCCCACCGACCCCCGCAACAACGGGUUGGAGUUGCACCAAUGGCCGCAGCUCCUAUCGCUAACGGACCAGGACGAGUGGGAGCCCUGAUGGAAGAAAUAGAAGGUGGGGGAAGUGCCUUGGCAACCACGGAAGAAGUCGCCGAGCUCAUCCCGUUAGAUCAGUAUGUAUCGCUUGGAUACCCUGGGCUUGGAAUGAUUGGAACGAUCAGGUCAGCGCCGGAACCCAAGGAAGUGGCGGAGUGGCAACCUUCUCCCGGAGAAAUGGAGUCGGGAGGACUCACCUUCGUCACAGGGGAGAUCGACUGGGUUCGGUGUCCGAUGGGGAUUUGCAACGCGCCUGCCACGUUUCAGCGGACGAUGAACAUGACAUUCCAGAACUUCGUCAACAAGACGCGGCUAACUCAGGGAAUGAUCAACUUCUAUGUGAUCGUAUACAUGGAUGACAUCCUUGUCUACUCGGACACUUAUCACGGGCAUGCACAACACAUUGAGUGGACGCUGGGAGCACUGAGGGACGCUGGAUUUAAGAUCGCGCUCGAAAAAAGCGAAUUUUUCCUUUCGGAAAUUUCGUUCUUGGGCUACGUCGUGACGCGUGGAGAACUGCGGCGUGACUCGAGAAAGGUCGCGGCGUUCUUCUGUAACCAGGGAGUGUACGAGGCUGCUGAGUUUCGUUUUGCAGGAAGUCCCCGGGCGGUUGUUUUAGCAGAGGCGGUAGGAGUUCAUCGGCGAUCGGCUCCAAGAAUCAGCCACGUGUCUACGGUGGUCUCCUUCAGUGGCGACAUCAGCACCAUCAACCCGCUGCGGCAUACAGCUAUCAAGACGAUGCUCCGGCUGAGGGCACACCAGUUGGCGGCGGAGUGGAAUCAGUGGCUCACGCCCCACGGAGACAACCUUUUUCCCACUGACGGUGUCGAUUUCGACGGGAUUCGAACUUUCCAGCAUGAGCCAGCGGUGGCGCUCCCGGAACUCGUCCACUUCCCCCCUGGUCCACGAUCUCCCACUCGAGAUCGUCUCGCAGAGCGACGACAGCCCAGUCCCGCACGUUCUCACGCGAACCUUGGCCCCAUAUCUUCAGUGGUCGGUGUGCUUGGAGGAGCCGGGAGUUGCCGCAACCCGCCGUCACAGCGCGAUUAUCUGGACCCGCACGAGAUAGUCGAUCUCGCCUUCUUCCAAUAUCGGACGACUUCCGAAAACGAAGAGAUAGAGAUUGAAGCGGAAGAGGAAAGCUCGGAAGAAGAAAGCUUGGAAGAAGAAAGCUCGGAAGAAGAAGAGGAGGUCGAAGAAGAAGCCGACGAGGAAGAAACUCCCGAAGAGGGGAGUUACAGUGAGCACAGCGAAGGAGAGCAAAGUGAGGAGGAGGAAGAACAAGACGACGACGAAGAAGAAGAAGAAGAAGACCAGGAGGAAGAAGAGGAGUCGGAGUACGAAGGAUUUGAGGAAGAAGUGCGUGACGAGGCUCGGGCGCAAGCUCAAGUGCAGAAGAGGGAAAAGAUCGCGGCCGGGAAGUGACAGUUGGAAUUCGCCAGCGCAACCGGUCAGCCGCGCACCGACGAUCCGACCCGGAAUCCAGAGCCGCCUAAGCCCGAGG